AUGUAUUUGUUGACUACAGACUUGACAUCCUCGCAAUCCAAGAAAUCAGAUAAUUGGGCAAUGGAAUUAUGGAUAAAAAGGACUGCAGAAUAUACUACAGUUGCCAGGACAGAAUUCACCAAUUCGGCCACAAGACAUGAAGAUCGUUAUCGGAAACUUCAACGCAAAAUUGGAAAAGAGCAACACCUUAGAUACCACGCGGGUGCUGAAAGCCUGCACUACUACACCAGUGAAAAUGGACAGAGACUCUUUGAUCUUGCAGUCUCAGAGAAUUUGUUUAUUUCUAGCACAGCAUUCCCACAUAAAGAAGUCCACAAGCACACCUGGCGAUCCCCAGAUGGAUCUACACAUAAUCAAAUUGACCAUCUACUUGUGGACAAGAGACACCGCAGCAAUGUACUUGAUGUCAGAAGCUGCAGGGGUGCAAAUGUAGAUACAGACCAUGUACUCGUCGUGUCCAAAGUGAGACUUCGACUCUGUAAAAGUUUUUAUCAAAAGAAGGAAAACAAGGACUUUAAAUUUGACAUUUCUAAACUGAAAAAAGACGAAAUUCUUAAAGAGUAUAACAUCAAGCUAUCCAACCGACUUUCUGAAGAAAAAGGAAAACCGAACAUUGUUUUUAACUGGAAUACAAUAAAAGACAUUGUCUUGAAAUCUGCAAGUGAUACCAUUCCAGAACUGGGGCGUCCUUCCAAAAACGAAUGGUUCGAUGAAGACUGCCAUAAGGCAACUCAGGAAAAAAAUAAGGCAUAUAGACUAAUGUUACAAAAACAUCGCACACGUUUCUUUGAAGAACAAUAUAAGAACCUGAGAAGAAUAGAAAAGAAACUACAUAAAGCAAAAAAGAAAGCCUUCUUUGAGAAAUCACUGGAAGAUCUGGAAACCAUGAAUAACCAAAAUGAAUGUAAGUUUUACAAAAAAGUCAAUUAUAUGCGAAGUGAGUUUAAACCAAGAACUAUUACCUGCAGAAACAACGAAGGUGAACUCGUAAGUGAGCCUCAAGAGGUAACCAAAGUUUGGAAGAGUUACUUCCAAGACUUGCUAGUAGGCAAGGAUGAUAUUUCUGUUUCUCGCAACAACCCAGUAGAUCUAGCCAUGCUGAGGGAUGCAGAUAACCCCCCACCUUCAAUCGAUGAAGUGAUAAUGGCUAUUAAAAAACUCAGAAACAACAGAUCGGCUGGUCCCGAUUGUAUCCCAUCUGAGCUUUUUAAAACCGGCGAACCCCAGUUUAUUGAUGCUAUCCAUAAACUCCUAAUUGAAAUCUGGGACACUGAGAAUAUACACAUUGAAUGGGAAGAAGGUUCCAUCUGCCCUAUUUUUAAAAAAGGAGACCAACUUGAAUUUCGUGACUACAGAGGUAUAACACUCCUCAAUACGGCAUACAAAAUCUUCUCCAAUAUUCUUCUCAAAAGGCUCCAGCCUUUUGCUGAUAAAGCGGUCGGAAAUUACCAAUGUGGAUUCAGGCCUCAAAGGUCUGCCAUUGACCAAAUUCAUACUCUAAGACAGAUCCUUGAAAAAACUAAAGAGUUCAACAUCAGGACUUAUCACCUAUUUAUAGACUUCAAAGCUGCCUACGACAGUAUUAAAAGAGAUAAAUUACUUGAAGCGAUGAACGAGUUCGGAAUCCCUACAAAACUCGUAAGUCUCACCCGUGCCACUAUCAACAAUGUGAGAUGCAGGAUUAAAAUCCAAAGCCAUCUAUCUGAACCUUUCAUUACCGAAAGAGGCCUGCGUCAGGGAGACUCUCUUGCUUGUCUGCUUUUUAACCUGGCAUUGGAGAAAUGCAUUCGGAAUAGCGGAUUAAACAGAGGAGGAUCUAUUUGGAACAGAUCUCUCCAAAUCCUCGCUUAUGCGGACGACAUUGGUAUCAUAGGAAGAUCAGAACGGGCUGUUAAAGAUGCCUUUCAAGCCCUUGAGGCCUCUGCUAUAAAUAUGGGCCUUUCCAUUAACGAAGACAAGACCAAAUUCAUGGAGUUUUCAAGCUCAACUGUAAACUAUACUGAACCUUUGCAGAUAAACGGACAUUCCUUUGAAAAGGUUAAAGAAUUUAAGUAUCUUGGUACAAUUAUCAAUGACCAAAACAAACUGAAAUCUGAAAUUGACAAUAGAAUCAAUAUGGCCAACAAAUGUUUUUUUGGACUAAAAAGUCAACUAAGAUCGAAUUUUAUUAGCCGAAAAACAAAACUGUAA